UUUUCUGCAGAGGAAGCCUGUCUCUGCUAUGAGGUCUGCUGUUAGGAAUGAUAUAGAAGCUUUUUCUCUCUCACCCAAACGAUGAUGCGACCAAACACGGUGAUAACAGUCUGAGAGCAGCAAAACGCACAGCAUUGUCGGAUGAACAAAGUCGGGUCUCGCUCGAUCAGCCAGUGUGAACGUCUGGAGAUCAAGCGCUGAAGUGCCAAAUGCCAAGACUAGAAGAUCACUGCUGGAGACGCUCCUGUACAUCGAGGGUGGAAUCUAAGAAUUAUUAUAGGGAAAACUGGGUCGCAUCGAAGGCUGAAGAAAUGAUGUCAAUUAUCACAUCAGUGCUUAGCAAUGUAUACGGCUCGCUGCACAGUGUGCAAACAGCAAACUUAAUCAGACGGGGUCUCGUCCUUUUCACCGUGGGAGUAUUUCUUGCAUUGGUGCUCAACUUGCUACAGGUUCAAAGAAAUGUGACUUUGUUUCCCGAAGAGGUGAUGGCAACUUUGUUUUCAUCGGCGUGGUGGAUUCCCCCUUGCUGCGGCACGGCAGCUGCUGUUGUUGGCCUGCUAUACCCCUGCAUCGACAGCCAUCUAGGAGAGCCCCACAAGUUCAAAAGGGAAUGGGCCAGUGUCAUGAGAUGCAUUGCAGUAUUUGUUGGCAUCAACCACGCCAGUGCUAAACUAGACUUUGCCAAUAAUGUCCAGCUGUCCCUGACCCUGGCUGCCCUUUCCCUGGGACUAUGGUGGACGUUUGACCGCUCGAGGAGUGGCUUCGGCCUGGGCAUUGGGACGGCAUUCCUUGCCACCGUUAUCACACAGCUGCUAGUCUACAACGGUGUAUAUCAAUACACGUAUCCAGACUUUCUGUAUGUCCGCUCUUGGCUUCCAUGCAUAUUCUUCUCGGGAGGAGUGACUGUAGGAAACAUAGGACGCCAGCUAGCCAUGGGUGGUGUCGAGAAACUGCACAACGACUGAACAGAGAUCAGCUGAAGAGGAGCGAGAAGAACGGCAACCAAUACGGAGAACCAGCAUAAUGGAACCAAGUCCGACAUCAUGGGGAGAGACAUUUCAGUUUGAAAGAAAACAGACUCUCUUAUUUUUUUUGACUACUUUUCUGUGCAUUAUAACAAAGAGCUAGCCAGAAUCUCCUUUACCUAAUGUGCCAUGACUUCUGCACCUCUUGGUGGCCAAAAUACCUUUCCCCAUCCCUGUUCGGGUCCAGAUAGCAUGAGGUUAUAAGUUAGCCACUAGGCUAUCCGUGUUAGGGUCCAGAUAGCAUUAGGCUAGCCACUAGCUCCUCACUCACUAUGGCAGGACAGUAUUUUACCUGCCAGUUCUUCGAAAUGAAAAGUGAACUGGUUUCAGAGUGAACUAUUUUCUUUUUGCUGGUGUGUGAGUGCACGCGUGCGUGUGGAUGUGUGCAGGUCUUAACAGAAGGCGUGUGUGUGGAGGUCUUAACAGAAAAGACGAGGAAAAAAGGUGGCAAUGUUUGCUUUUUUGUUAUUUCCGAGUACAAAAUUAUCAUAAAAGGGAAAUGUUUCAGAGCUGUGCAAAAAUGUCUGACGUGACCAGCAGUAUGUCACUGAUGACAUGUAUUGUAUGUUCCCAAUAUUGUAUGUAAUUCACCAAAAUAAGUAUUUAUCUCUGAGAAAUUAGAAUGCCAACACCUAUAACUCCCAAACCAAAUACAUGAGAUCGCAGAUGAUGUGACCAUGUUUUGAACGAAUGUACCAUGAUGCUACAAUAAGUUAGCAUAUUCAUAGUUGCAGUAAAAUAAGUAAUGAUAAAAAAAGGCACUUGUGAAAGCUCACUGUGACUUCCUGGACAUGGUGUGCCACCUGGACUUGACCUAUGAACCCUCAAAUUAGUAUAUGAAUGGUUGAUUUUCCAUUUAAAGUUUUCCAGGCUAGGCAUUAAAGUUUGGGAACAUACAUUAAGAGAAGGAGAGAGACAUGACAUUUUUAUUACGGCCUAGAGGAUUUGCAAUCUGUGAUUGCCUUUGUAUUAUACAAUUGAGUGCUUUUGUCACUACCAUACCAGUUCAGUUGUAUUACUUGUACAUAAUUAUAUAUCGCUUACAUGUAUAAUCUCUUCCCUUUAUAAUCACAGGUAUUACCACACUAUACCUAUUUAGUUCGAUAGUUGGGGGUCUAGAGGAAUAAAAGUGCAAUCACAUAUAUACCUGAGCCGAUUAUUCUUCCGUAUUUAUUAUUUCUGUAAAUGGUUAAGAGGUGAAACUCUGGAAUUAUAUGCAGUGUGGAUAUAGAAAAUGAGCAGAAAAUUAGCAAUAACAGCAGUGUUUGUAAAAAAAGAAAUAAAAAAGUGUCAGAGAUUACUUGCAUUCUUAGACUGUAUACCAAUGACUAUUCUCACCGUGAGGAGAAGACAAAAAAACAUUGUGUCAAACCGUUUGUAAAAUCUCGUAGUAGUUCAACAUUUGUAAAUGGGAAGACGGAUGUAUUUAUUAUUUAAAAAUAUUUGGUGACGUUUUGAUCGCAGAGGGGUUGGUUGGUACACCUGGUUCGGUUUGAAUCUGCUCAAUUCAGGAGUUUGUCCCAAAUGACACCCUAUUCCCUAUAGGUGGGUUAACUGACAACGUCACAAAAAUGACCUGGGCACUUCCAUGGGGCAGAAGUCAGCGUGUUAUUUUUAUUUUGGAUGGCCAGAUUGCUAGCGCAAAUGACAAACUGCCAUGUGGGGAAUCGUAAGUGGCUCGUUUCAGCUCUUUUUAUAUUGUUCUUUAAUACGUGUUUUGAUUGAUUUCAUGUCAGUGCUAAUAUGGCCAAAAUAUACUAGCUAGCUAACCAACAACUGUAACGGUGUACUUCAGAGACGACAAGUGCUCAUUGUGCAAAUAUAUUCCUGUUUUCAAUAAACAUUGUAGAAGAAAUAUAGUUUACAUGUUGUAAACAACAUAAGCCAACCCAAUCUGCUUUGCCCCAUAGUUGCGCACUCGUCGGUUUUGUUGCUAAACAACCAACCCGUCUAUGUAGUGCACUAUUGAACAGCGCCCUUAUGGCCCUGGUCAAAAGUAGUGCACUAUAUAGGGAAUAAGGUUCCAUUUGGCAAGCAGUCCAGGUGUGCUGCUGGGAGAAAAGAUAGCUUUAUUAUUGGGGUGGUUGAAGCACCUAUUAUUUCAAUAUGUAGAGAGUGUGAGUGAGUGUGUGUUUCUUUUAUGUCAGCUGUGUAUAAUUUGUAUUACCUUGAAUCCAAGUGGAAAAAAUAAAAAGGAACUCCUA